AUGACAGGAGUAUUUGACAGAAGAGUCCCGAGCAUCCGAUCCGGCGACUUCCAAGCUCCGUUCCCGACGUCCGCCGCCAUGCACCACCCGUCUCAGGAAUCGCCAACUUUGCCCGAGUCCUCGGCCACCGAUUCUGACUACUACAGUCCCGCGGGGGCCGCCCCGCACGGCUACUGCUCUCCUACCUCUGCUUCUUACGGCAAAGCGCUCAACCCCUACCAGUACCAGUACCACGGCGUGAACGGCUCCGCAGCCGGCUACCCGGCCAAGGCUUAUGCCGACUACGGCUACGCCAGCCCCUACCACCAGUACGGCGGCGCCUACAACCGCGUCCCGAGUGCCACCAGCCAGCCAGAGAAAGAAGUGGCGGAGCCAGAGGUGAGGAUGGUGAAUGGUAAACCAAAGAAAGUUCGUAAACCCAGGACUAUUUAUUCCAGCUUUCAGCUGGCCGCUUUACAGAGAAGGUUUCAGAAGACUCAGUACCUCGCCCUGCCAGAACGCGCGGAGUUGGCCGCCUCUCUAGGACUGACGCAAACACAGGUGAAAAUCUGGUUUCAGAACAAAAGAUCCAAGAUCAAGAAGAUCAUGAAAAACGGGGAGAUGCCCCCGGAGCACAGUCCCAGCUCCAGCGACCCUAUGGCGUGUAACUCGCCACAGUCACCAGCGGUGUGGGAGCCCCAGGGCUCUUCCCGCUCCCUCAGCCACCACCCUCAUGCCCACCCUCCGACCUCCAACCAGUCCCCUGCGUCCAGCUACCUGGAGAACUCGGCUUCCUGGUACCCAAGUGCAGCCAGCUCAAUCAAUUCCCACCUGCCACCGCCGGGCUCCUUGCAGCACCCGCUGGCACUAGCCUCCGGGACGCUUUAUUAG